GUCACUUCCGUUUGCGGAAAACGAAGAGGAUUUGCGUUACCAAGUGACUUAGAGGACUGACGGAGAAGAUUAUUAGCAUCCAUUAAAAUAAACACAUCGCAUUUUCAUCAUGGAAUAAUCUCGAAUGGUCUGCGUUCUGUUCAUAUCCGCGGUCGAGACGGCACACGGACAUCCAUCAUGACAGACAGUAUCUUGAGCAAAGCUGCCACUAUGGAAAUACCCAUCAACAGCAAUGGGGACACCAGGACAGCUGAAGAAGACAGUCUUGAGCAGAUUGGUGGGAGCUUAGAUGAGGUUGUAAGCAAACUGCCAGUGGCCAUGGACUUGCAGCAGGUUAUGGUGUCUGGACCCAACCUGAAUGAAACCAGCAUUGUGUCAGGAGGCUACGGAGGGGCAGCAGAGGGCAUCAUACCCACCAGUUCCAUCAAAGGACCAGCCAUUCGUUUCAACCCGGAGUAUUUUGACAGAAGAUGUGGUAACGGCCCCAAACCAGACAUCCGCUCCAAGUCAAGGGGCAUCACUCCCAGCCAUUCAGCUGCCAGUCGGAUAGCAAACCAGCCAGGACAUUAUAAAGCUCCCAACAUGCAUCAUAGCAGCAGCAAUCCAUCCAUGAUGUUAGAGGAGGCCACAAGAGGAGUAGCUGUAGAGAAAUUUGACAGCGUGAAGAAGUGGAGCAUCAACACAUACAAGUGCACAAAACAGAUGUUUUCAGAGCGUUUUGGCCGUGGUACGAAGACAGUGGACCUGGAACUAGAAGCUCAAAUCGAUGUGCUAAGAGAGACUAAAUUGAAGUAUGAACGCAUUCUGAGACUAGCACAAGAGCUCACCAGCCACUUCUACAACAUGGUGCAGACACAGCAAGCUCUUGGGGAUACCUUUGCUGAUCUGAGCCAGAAAUCCCCAGAACUACAGGAUGAGUUUGGCUACAAUGCAGAGACACAAAGACUGCUAUGCAAGAAUGGAGAAACACUCCUGGGUGCCAUCAAUUUCUUUGUGUCCAGCAUUAAUACGUUAGUCAACAAAACCAUGGAGGACACACUGAUGACCAUCAAGAUGUAUGAGAAUGCAAGACUGGAGUUUGAUGCGUACAGGACAGACCUGGAGGAGUUGAGCGCAGGUCCGCGGGACGCUGCAGCCAUGAUGCGCAUCGAGAUGGCUCAACAGCAGUACCAAAUCCAGAGAGAAAAGUACGAACGACUGCGCAGUGAUGUCACCAUCAAACUCAAGUUCUUGGAAGAGAAUAAAGUGAAGGUGAUGCACAAGCAACUCCUACUGUUUCACAAUGCUAUUUCUGCGUAUUUCGCUGGAAACCAGCAGCAGUUGGAACAGACUCUCAGACAGUUCAACGUGAAGUUGAAGCCACCGGGUUCUGACAAGCCAUCAUGGCUCGAGGAACAGUGAUCACUUUGUCAAUCUGUAGAGACACUUAAACAUGAAGAUUUUAAAAAGGAUUAAUGGGGAUGUAAACUGGUGCAUUAAAGGAGAUAUUUAUGAAUGAAUAAGAGAAGUAGAAGUUUUAUGUUGCCAAACCCUGGAAAGAUGCCCAGUUUAUUUAAAGCCAGAAAAUCUUCAGAUGAACAUUAAAGGGAUAGUUCACCCAAAAAAGACAACUCUAUCAACAUUUACGAACCAUCAAGGUCUGUCUUUUAAAACAAUGGCAGUUGAUAGUGAUUUCACUUUCAAGAUUCAAAAAGGAUGCAACAUUAUCAUAAAGGUUGUCCAUGUGACUUGUGCAUCAUAUGCCAAGUCUUCUGAAGGCAUAUGAUUGGUUUAAGUUCAAAACAACUUAUUCAGUGAAAAUCAUGAGUGCAUGCGAGAAACUCGUUUUCACGCCACACUUUCUUAUGAGAACUUGCAUGUCUAGAGCAAUUUAUCCUAUUUGUGUUUCGCAGAAGAAAGUCAUAUGGAUUUAGAAUGACAUGAGGGUCAGUAAACGAUGACAGAAUUUAAAUUUUUGGUGGAACUAUCCCUUUAAUUGAGUUUAUUCAAAUGGAUUAUUGAAACUAACUGUGGUUAUGUUUUACAGCUGCCUUAAUUUACUUGUAUAUCGUGUAUGGGCUGUCCAUAGUAAAUUAUGCUAAAUUACAUGGUACAUGUCAGUCUCACCAAGCAAUCACUUUGUGUAAAACAUUAGCAUUUUCGGAGGUAUUCAUUAUCAGGCAUUAUAUAUUCACAGAACUUUUCUGUAUCUAGUCAGCACCUCCCAGGCCAGUUUAUUUUAUCACAUUUAUUUCGAUAGAGUAGAUCUGAAAGAAAAGAAUGUUGUGCUUGUGUGUUUGUUUUUAAUAUAAGGAUGUUUGGAGGAGGACUGUGACAAGGUAUAAGAAUGAAAAAUUGUUCACUGUAUGCGUCAUAAGAAGGUUAAUAAUAUAUUUAUAUUUAUGUAAAGCGUGUCCCACCUAUAAUUAAAACACAUUUGAAGGUGAUAGAGU